GGGCCUCCUCCCUGGGGUGUGAGCAGGUCGGCGCGACACGCUUCUCCAGACGCGCGCCCAGGGACGAGCUGGCGGAGGGGCCCAGGCAGUUCCAGCUGCGGCACUCCAGUAGAAGUGGUUGGCACUGAGCCUGGAGGCCGAAGGAGGGGGGCAACACUCUUGCCGCGAUUCGGAGGAGAGCUACGCUAGGCCAACCUAACGACACUCGGAGUGCGAGCUGCGGCUGGGGUAGGGGCAGCCCCUUCCAGUGGGCGUGUGGGUCACCUAUGAGCAGUUCUCGGGGACCCGUUGCAUCCGAGGGACUGGGCGGGGUUGGGCGGGGCUGGACGCGGGCAGCGCUCAGGAGUCCUGGAACUCGCUGGCCCUGCGGCCACGGGCCAAGGCGUGGUCCUGAGCCCCUGCGCGGUUUCUGGUGCGUAGAGACUUUAAAUCACUGCGCUUCUCAGUCAUCGUCACCCCAGCUUUUCUCGGCUGGAAUUCAGCCUCCAACUCAAGAUCGCGGGAAAGACUACCUGAGAGGAGAAAAGCUUCUGUCCCUGGACCUUCUUCUGAGGGUGGUGAGGUUUGUUUAGGGUCGUAGAAUCAGGGGAGGACUGACCCAGCCCUCACAGAGAAGAGGGCUGGAAAGUCCUGGAGAACCCGCAAAGCACGGGCCGCUGUCGCGGUUGGGAGGCGAGGACGCAGCGCUGGGGUCGUAGAUUCCGAGACCCCUGAGGGUGGCUGUGUUGGUUUCUCGCAGGAGUCGGAAGCUCCCUGCUCUCCAGCCGCCCAGUGACCCAAGAUUAAUCUUCAGCACCACUUGGGGCGACCUUUUCAGUGCAAAGCUCUGAUUCUGUUUCUCAGGAUUCCUCCCCACCCCGUUCCGCCCCGGAAAAGCUGACAAGAACUUCAGGUGUAAGCCCUGAGUAGUGAGGACCGGCGGUCUCCGCGGAGAGCUGUGCCUGGAAGAGAAGGACGCUGGUGGGGCUGAGAUCAGAGCUGCCUUCUGGUCCCGUGGCCCCCAUGCUUCUGUCAUGGCUAACAGUUCUAGGGGCUGGAAUGGUCGUCCUGCACUUCGUGCAGAAACUCCUGUUCCCUUACUUUUGGGAUGACUUCUUAUUCCUGGUGAAGGUGCUGCUCGUUAUAAUUCGUCUGAAGAAGUACGAAAAGAGAGGGGAGCUGGUGACUGUGCUGGAUAAAUUCUUGAGUCAUGCCAAAAGACAACCUCGGAAACCUUUCAUCAUCUAUGAGGGAGACAUCUACACCUAUCAGGAUGUAGACAAAAGGAGUAGCAGAGUGGCCCAUGUUUUCCUGAACCAUUCCUCUCUGAAAAAGGGGGACACCGUGGCUCUACUGAUGAGCAAUGAGCCGGACUUCGUUCACGUGUGGUUCGGCCUCGCCAAGCUGGGCUGCGUGGUGGCCUUUCUCAACUCCAACAUUCGCUCCAACUCCCUCCUGAACUGCAUCCGCGCCUGUGGGCCCACAGCCCUAGUGGUGGGCGCAGAUUUGCUUGGAACUGUAGAAGAAAUCCUUCCAAGCCUCUCAGAAAAUAUCAGUGUUUGGGGGAUGAAAGAUUCGGUUCCACAAGGCAUAAUUUCACUCAAAGAAAAACUGAGCACCUCAUCUGAUGAGCCCGUGCCACGCAGCCGCCAUGUUGUCUCACUCCUCAAGUCUACUUGUCUUUACAUUUUUACCUCUGGAACAACAGGUCUACCAAAAGCAGCUGUGAUUAGUCAGCUGCAGGUUUUAAGGGGUUCUGCUGUCCUGUGGGCUUUUGGUUGUACUGCUGAUGACAUUGUUUAUAUAACCCUUCCUCUGUAUCAUAGUUCAGCAGCUAUCCUGGGAAUUUCUGGAUGUGUUGAGUUGGGUGCCACUUGUGUGUUAAAGAAGAAAUUCUCAGCAAGCCAGUUUUGGAAUGACUGCAAGAAGUAUGAUGUGACUGUGUUUCAGUAUAUUGGAGAACUUUGUCGCUACCUUUGCAAACAAUCUAAGAGAGAAGGAGAAAGGGAUCAUAAGGUGCGUUUGGCAAUUGGAAACGGUAUGCGGAGUGAUGUAUGGAGAGAAUUUUUAGACAGAUUUGGAAAUAUAAAGGUGUGUGAACUUUAUGCAGCUACUGAAUCAAACAUAUCUUUCAUGAACUACACUGGGAAAAUUGGAGCAAUUGGGAGAGCAAAUUUCUUUCACAAACUUCUUUCCACUUUUGACUUAAUAAAGUAUGACUUUCAGAAAGAUGAACCCAUGAGAAAUGAACAGGGUUGGUGUAUUCAUGUGAAAAAAGGAGAACCUGGACUUCUGAUAUCUCGAGUGCAUGCAAAAAAUCCCUUCUUUGGCUAUGCUGGGCCUUACAAGCACACAAAAGACAAAUUGCUUUGUGAUGUUUUUAAGAAGGGCGAUGUUUACCUUAACACUGGAGACUUGAUAGUCCAGGAUCAGGACAAUUUCCUUUAUUUUUGGGACCGUACCGGAGACACUUUCAGAUGGAAAGGAGAAAAUGUCUCAACCACUGAGGUUGUUGAUGUUAUUGGAAUGUUGGAUUUCAUACAGGAAACAAACGUCUAUGGUGUGGCUAUAUCAGGUUAUGAAGGAAGAGCAGGAAUGGCUUCUAUUAUUUUAAAACCAAAUAAAUUUUUAGAUUUGGAAAAAGUUUAUGAACAAGUUGUAACAUCUUUGCCAGCUUAUGCUUGUCCACGAUUUUUAAGAAUUCAGGAAAAAAUGGAAGCAACAGGAACAUUCAAACUGUUGAAGUAUCGGUUGGUGGAAGAAGGAUUUAAUCCACUGAAAAUUUCUGAACCACUUUACUUCAUGGAUAACUUGAAAAAGUCUUAUGUUCCACUGACCAGGGAACUUUAUGAUCAAAUAAUGUUAGGGGAGAUAAAACUUUAAGAUUUUUCUAUCUAGAACUUUCAUAUGCUUUCUUAGGAAGAGUGAGAGGAGACUGUAUGAUUCUUUACUACGAAAUGGGUACAAGGAGCUAACAUUAUUUAGGCAUGUGCUAUGUUUCCUUAAUAUGAGAGAGAAUUGUUUUAGUUGCAUAAUGAUUUUUUCUUUUAAUUGAUAUAAACUUUAGUUGAUUAUUCUUUUUGCCUAUUUGGAGAUUCAGUGCAUAACUAAAUAUUUGCCGUAAUAUUAAAGGGUUUAAAUAAUAAAUGGUGGCUAGCGGUUUGGACAAUCACUAAAAAUGUACUUUCUAAUAUGUAAAGUUACUAAUUUUGAAUAAAAGAUUAAAUUUUUCUGAAA